ACUGCUGCAAUCCCCAGUCCGACCGACCGACCCUCGCCUCGGCCUCGCCGAGCCACCGCCUCGGGAAGCCCCCUCGCUGGCCGGCCCCGCGCGAUGCAGCCGGCCGCUGCCCCUCACCAUGGGGCGACGCUGGUCGCUCGUCCGGCGAUCGUGGUGCCCGCGGGGUCUGCGCUGGUCGGCGGCCCCGCGCCCCAGGUCGCCGCCGGCCAGGGUGGGCUCGUCCUCUCCCAGGGCCAAGCGCUGCACUAUGCCACGUCCAGCACCACGGUGGUCCGGACGACCACGAAGGCGGUGGCGCCGCUGCGCGCCAGCUACGUCGCCGCGGCAGGGCCUGGCGCGCUGGCGCCGCCGACCCCAGUGGCCAGCGGCACCACCUCCGUCGGGUCGCUGGGCAGCGCCCAGCCGGCGGGAGGCCUCGUCUUGGGGCAGGCCGCCCUGCCGCCCGGCGGGCCCCCCGCGGAGGGGCAGCCCCCCCCGCAGCGCGCAGCCCAGGCGGCGGUCGUGCCCGGCGCCGCGGUGGGGCUCCUGGCGCCGCGGGGCCUGCCGAUGCCGUCGCCCCUCCGCCCGCCACGGCGGGGCCCCGCCGAGCCUGGACGUCAGCCAGCGGGUGCCCGUGGAGGCGGGCGGGGCCUCUAUCCUCGAAGAGAGGCAGAUAGAGCAGCUCUCCCUCUACCUCGCCGCCCUGCAGGCCGACCUGCAGCAGGAGAGGAACCGUGCGGCCGAGGCGCACAGCGCGCAGGAGCUCCCAGCUGAGCUGCGGCGGAUCUGCGAGGAGGCCGCCGCAUCGGCCGCCUCUGCCGCUGCGCUGGGCGCAGAGCUGGCGCGGGCAGCGGACGUUUCCGCGCAGCUCAACGCCUGGUUCACGGAAAACCAGUCCAAGGACGCCGACCUGCUGUCGUUCCCCAAGGGCGGCGCGCACGCCGUCGGCGGCGCCCACCGCGCCGCGCCGCCCCGUGGCACC